AUGUCCGCAGCUAUUGGAGAUAUCGUCAACUUCACCUUUGUCGCUGGAAACCACACUGCCACUCAAUCGACGUUCGCAGACCCCUGUCUCAACGCAGGCUUCACUUCUGGUUUCCAAGCUGUUGGAACGAGCGGAUCGCCGACCACAUUCUCCAUCCUCGUAAAUACCACUUCGCCGACCUGGGUAUACUGCGCUCAGGCAGGUCACUGUCAGGCCGGGAUGGUCAUGGCGAUCAACGCCCCAACUUCUGGUAACAAGACUUUCGCGGCUUUCCAAGCUCUAGCCAAGGGUGAUGUCAACAGUCCUGGCGGAUCUACCCCGACCCCAGCGGCAAGUGUGUCUGGUGGUGGGAGUGCUUCGUCAGCCUCGAGUAGUGUGUCUUCUACUCCUGGCGCAUCAGCUGCCUCAGGAGCUGCUUCUGCGGCACCGUCUGGAGGCGCUCUGGCGUCCUCCACUCCGUCCACCUGGUACCUGAUUCUGUCCUUAGGAGUUCCCUUCCUCUUUAAAUUUUGA